AUGAGUGUCAAAGAGGGCCAGUCCGUGAAUAAAUUCAAGAGGCUAAUCAACUCUGUGUCUCACAAUGUUUAUGAAUAUAUUGAGAAUGUGGGCACUUAUAGUAAAGCUAUGGAAGUGCUACAUAGCUUGUAUGUCAAGACACCUAAUGUAAUAUUUGCACGACAUCUGCUAGCUCCGGCAAAGAAACAGCCUGUUCAAUCCAUCGAUGAAUUUCUACAAACUCUGCGUAAUCUUAGUGAAGACUGUAAUUUUAAAGAUGUUUCUGCCGCACAGUACGGCGACGAACUUAUACGUGAUUCUUUUAUCAAUGGUAUUUUGUCAAAUAACAUCCGACAACGUCUUUUGGAGAACAAGGACUUGACUCUUGAAUUAGCGUUUUCUCAAGCAUCAUCCUUUGAUCUGGCGCAACGUAAUUCGCCAGCCUAUGAAGCAUCUAGAAUCGACGAAUUGCAACUUUCGGCAUCGGCCACUUCCGAAACCUCUUUCAACAAUGAAGAAAUAGUAACUGGUCGUAUAACAGGGCGAAAAUGUAUAUUCUGUGGAUAUAAUUACCAUAAUCGUCAAAAUUGCCCAGCUAGCAAUGCCAGUUGUUACGAAUGCGACAAAAAAGGCCGCUUUGCCAAAGUUUGUCGAUCAAAGAUGAAUAAGCCGGGAAACUUUCCAUCUAUAACGGCGUCAGCUUCUUCAUCAGUCGACGAUGUACAAUCGGCACCAAGGUGUUUACUGCUGGCAACGCUUCCAGCUGCCAUAGCUGGUCGCAACAUCACUGCGUUAAUUGAUAAUGGUAGCUCUCUCUUUUUUAUAAACGAAAAAACUGCGAGAAUGUUACGUUUGAAAGUUUUGCUUUCAUGGGAAAAUGUGGUGAUGGCUGUCCAGCAUCUGCAAGGAACGACUAUUGGAUCAUGUUUAAUUGAUUUGAUAAUUGGUACUCGUUCAUAUACCAAAGUGCCUCUCAAAGUAUUUCAAGGUCUAUGCUGUGAUUUAUUGCUUUGUCAGGACUUUCAAAGACAAUAUGAAAGAGUCGUAGCUUUUUUCUUUUAA